ACAGCAGCCUGCGUCCCCACUUCCCUUCCUCGCUGGAAAAAACGCCACAUCUGACAGGGAGGAAGAAACAGACACGACCACGGGGGAGUUUGAACACCGACUUUAAGAUGCUGGCACUAAUAAACCGGCUUCUGGACUGGUUCAAGUCUCUGUUUUGGAAGGAGGAGAUGGAACUGACGCUGGUCGGCCUCCAGUACUCGGGAAAAACAACGUUUGUAAAUGUGAUCGCUUCUGGGCAUUUCAGUGAAGACAUGAUCCCUACAGUUGGGUUCAAUAUGAGGAAAGUCACCAAAGGAAACGUCACCAUCAAGAUCUGGGAUAUAGGAGGGCAGCCAAGGUUCAGGAGCAUGUGGGAGCGCUACUGUCGGGGAGUUAAUGCAAUCGUGUACAUGGUUGACGCAGCAGAUCGAGAAAAGGUGGAAGCAUCUAGAAACGAGCUUCAUAAUUUAUUAGACAAACCGCAGUUGCAAGGAAUUCCUGUUUUGGUACUCGGCAACAAAAGGGAUCUCCCCACUGCACUAGAUGAAAAGCAGCUCAUUGAGAAAAUGAAUCUUGCGGCUAUUCAAGACAGAGAGAUAUGCUGCUACUCAAUUUCCUGCAAAGAGAAAGACAACAUUGAUAUCACACUUCAAUGGCUCAUCCAGCACUCAAAGUCCAGGAGGAGCUGAAAAUGUAGGAGUUGUUUUCCAGCUGUGUUUGCCAUGUUGCUGUCAUGCCACACCCCCAUCACUCUCCGAUGAUGUACAGUUUUCAACUGCACUGUUGUGCUCAUGUGACAGUUUUUUUUUUUUUUUGCCCUUUUCAUGUUGUGAUUCAUUCACAAGAAUGCACUACUAAAAACAUGAUUCUGAUAACCAAAUCUAAGGAAUGCAAUUGGCAUUAUACAUCCUGCAAAGCUGUUUCUGUUAACUUGGAGUAAAAACCUAAUUUCUGAUCUACCUUUCAUCAUUCAGGCAUUACCCAGUUGAUCAUACCCAGUGGUUUAUAACACUAAUAUUGGGUAUACUACAACAUCAUUCUUGAAGGAGGGCUGAUUCAGUCAAACAGGCCUCACAUAACCAAAAGAUGUUCUUCACACAGUCAGAUAUGAUGCUAGGAGAUGGCUGAUGUGGCUUUCCCAUUGUCAAGCUCUACUCUGUGAUUGUCUUUGAUGGAUGUCACCUUUCGCUUGAUCAGGUUUUCUUCUUUCAAAGACUAGGUGUCUAUUGUUUUAGAAAAUUGUGCAUUUAAGCAAGUCAAUUGAAGCAGGUCUGUACAAAUAUCAAGCUGGUAUGAUUUUUACUGAUGUGAAAUGUGCGUGUAUGAAUAUAUGAUUAUAUUUAAAGUCUGAAUGUACUAAAAGUAAAGCUGUACGGGAUUGUGUGGUUCAUAUUGGCCUCAGUUUGUAAGCAGCCUCUGUGGAAUGAUGUCCUUUGUGCUGCCUCGAGGCUGAGACAGAAUUCAAAGUGCCUUGUGCAAUGUCUCUCACCUCCGAAGCAAAGCAGUGUGCAAGGUGUGCCCACCUGGGUAGAGUAAAAAAAAAGACACCACUUCACUAUAUUCAAGAAAUAAAAAAGGCAUGCUUUUUAAUUUA